CUGAAUCUAUAUUCUCAAGGCAUCACAAAUAUGACGAAAGGAGUGUUCUCCGGGCUGCAGGGGCUGCAGAGUCUAUCUCUUGGCGCCAACGAGCUGACGAGCCUCCCUGAGGGGGUGUUUUCUGGUCUAGAGGGGCUGCAGUAUCUAGAUCUUUCCGGCAACGAGCUGACGAGCCUCCCUGAGGGAGUGUUCUCCGGGCUGUCAGGGCUGCAGGGUCUAUCUCUUGGCAACGUGCUGACGAGCCUCCCUGAGGGGGUGUUCUCCGAGCUGUCAGGACUGCAGUGGCUAAAUCUUUGGAACACCCAGCUGACGAGCCUCCCUGAGGGAGUGUUCUCCGGGCUGCAGGGGCUGCAGGGUCUAUCUCUCGUCGGCAACGUGCUGACGAGCCUCCCUGAGGGGGUGUUCUCCGGGCUGUCAGGACUGCAGUGGCUAGAGCUUUGGGACACCCAGCUGACGAGCCUCCCAGUAGGAGUGUUCUCCGGGCUGUCAGGGCUGCAGGGUCUAUAUCUCGGCGGCAACGAGCUGACGAGCCUCCCUGAGGGGGUGUUCUCCGGGCUGUCAGGACUGCGGUCGCUAGAGCUUUCUCACAACCAGCUGACGAGCCUCCCUGAGGGGGUGUUCUCCGGGCUGUCAGGGCUGCAGGGUCUAUAUCUUUCUCACACCCAGCUGACGAGCCUCCCUGAGGGGGUAUUCUCCGGGCUGUCAGGACUGAAGUAUCUAUAUCUUUCUCACAACCAGCUGACGAGCCUCCCUGAGGGGGUGUUCUCCGGGCUGUCAGGACUGCAGUAUCUAGAUCUUCAGUACAACCAGUUAACAUGCAUUCCCUCCCAAGCCUUUUCUGAUUCAAAUGAUCUCAUCAAUGUAUGGCUGCAAAACAAUCACUUGACUUGCUACCACGCAUCAUGG